UCGUCCCCUCUCCGAGACUCCAAGCUUCUCGCCAAUGGAAGCUUCCGUUUCCGUUAGGUUCCUCGGUUCCACCGCGGCCUUCCACCGCUGCCGCCUCCCUCUCUCCCGUCGCUUCAUCCAAAACCCCAACCCCAGAAUCCUUACUAGAAACGGCGGUCUCUCUCCGAUCUCUCCCCUCCUUCACUUCCCCUCCUCCAACGCCCCUUCUCUCCCUCGCACCGCCCUCCGAUCCGCCCCGUUACCCAGUUCGCCGCUUCCUCCCUUCGGCUUCUUCCUAUCAUUUUCCUUUUUCCCCAUCUUCCCCUCUGCUCCUCCCCAGGAACGCCUCGAUUGCUUCAACUCCGAGCCAGAGGAGGGAUUUUUACAGUGGGAUCGGAGUUGGGAAGGCUUGGAUGGGGGAAGUCUAAGGUUCUGCGGGGGAAAGGGGGCGUCCUGGACGGUGGUGCUGCUGGGUUGGCUGGGGGCGGAGCAGAGGCACUUGAAGAAGUACGCGGAGAUGUAUAAUUCUAAAGGGAUUAGGUCGGUGCGGUUUGUUGUGCCAGUGAAGGACGUAGUGGGGUUUGAUUUGGGGAGGAAGAUCGAGGGGAGGAUUGCUGGAUUGACUCGGGAGCUGGUUUCCUGGUGCUCGGAAAGGGAGGAGGAUGGGAGAGAACGGCAUUUGCUCUUCCACACCUUCAGCAAUACUGGGUGGCUGGCUUAUGGUCAGAUACUUGAGAAUUUGCGAUCAAGGACUGAUAUUAUUGAGAAGAUCGGAGGAUGUAUUAUUGACUCUGGACCUGCCCCAGAGAUAAGUCCUCAGGUCUGGGCUGCAGGAUUUUGUGCUGCCCUGUUGAAAAAAGAUAGCUCAUUAACGCACUCUUCAGUGAAACCUAUGGAAGAAGGAAAAAUGAAUGGUGAUUUCAAUAGAUUAAAUACAAAAGACAUCAGACCACGAUUGAUUGAAAUGAUUCUUUUGUCAAUUUUAGCAAAAUUCUUCUCCAUACUUUUGAUGCUGCCAGAUGUAAAUCGGAGGCUGAGCAAGGUCAUCUCCAUUCUAUCAAAGGACCAGCCUCUGUGUCCUCAGCUCUAUCUUUACAGCUCAGCUGAUAAGGUGAUUCCGGUUCACUUGGUUGAAAGCUUCGUCAUGGAGCAGAAGGCACUGGGAAGAAAUGUUUAUACACAUGAUUUUGGUUCAUCGUCACAUGUUAACCAUUUCAGGAGUUAUCCCCAUAUAUAUUCUGCUAAAGUUUAUGAAUUUAUUAAAGAGUGCUGUUCUGCAAGAGUUUGACCUGGCUCUAGAUUACAGGUCCAACUUUAUUUCGGUUGGGUCUCAUUUCCCAGUAAGCUAUUGAUUUGUUGAAGACCUUAGGAAAUAACAAACGCUAUCUUCUUCUGUCUUCUGAGUUAAUGUGACAGGUGUGCAUUCCUUAUUUCAAACAUCAAUGAUGCUCCCAUGCUGGGGGAUAUGAAGCCAACAGGAGGUUGACAGGGAUCAAAGUUAGGAUUUCAUGGAUUAACUUCUAAAUGAUUUCAUACCUGCUUUUGUCCUCGGAGGGGGUUCGCUCCUCUCUUUUUCUUAAAAGACUACGUAUGUGAUUUUGAUUUCUUGUGCAUACGAUCAGAUGGAUAUCCUCUUUGUGUUCAAUCUAUUGUAUCCAUAUUCAGGUGACACAUUGGAUUUCCAGCAUUUGGAAGCACCUAUCGACAAAUUGGCUGGAUUUGUCCUCGCA